AUGGUCACACCACUUUCUUCCAUCAACCAAACUCAAUUUCUGAACUCUUUCAAAUUUGAAGCUACCAUGCAAGGAACCAACAAGAAUUUCAUCAUUUAUAAGGGAUUUCUCGAUAAUGGAGUAUUGCAAAUGCAAGGUGUGAAUAAUAAUCACUUUAUCAUAGCAACAUUGAGUGAGAAGGAUAGAGAUAUAUCACCACUCAUGGUUUUUAAAUAUCAUGGAGGGAAUAAUCAAGUGAGUUUGGAUAGAGAGAAGCAAACUUUGUCAAUUACUGAUCAUGGAUUGAAUCAGGAGCUGUAUGGAACUUAUAGAAUUGAAUCGAGUGGUGGAAUUGACCAGAAAGGAAAUCGAUUUGAAGAUAAUUUUGAUUAG